AUGGAAAGAUGUAAUCCUCGUGCCUGUGUUUUUGUAGCCAGUUUGACAUCGGUUCUUCCUGACGACCAUUUGUGUAAAUCUGUUACUGACCACUUUGAAAAGUGGGGAACCGUCAAAGUGGUCAAAGUCCUUCGCGAUUUGGCCAAUCGCCCUUAUGCAUUUGUGCAGUACUCUACUGUCGAGGAAGCCAAACUCGCCAUUGAACAGGCACAACGAACUGAAUUAGAUGGCCGUGCAAUUCGUUGUGAGCCUGCUAAAGUUAACCGUACCCUGUUCAUCACUCCUGUCAGUGUUGAGAAGAUUGGUAAAUCCGAGCUUGAGGCUACACUAUCCCGGUAUGGGGAGAUAGAAGACAUCACGCUAGCCAAAUUCUCCCCUGCUAUUCGAGCCCCUACCGAAAGUUGGUUUUGCCGUUUUGUCUAUCGUGAAGAUGCCACUCUUGCAUAUGCUCAUCUGCGAUCUCAUGAGGACUGGCAUGCUGAGUGGGCUCAGAAUUUGGAGCACGUUGUCGAUGCAAACAAAGAGGUCAUUGACAAGUACUCUGUUUUUAUGGGAAGACUCAACUUCCACGUUACUGAAAAGCAGAUUAGAGAAAGAAUGUCUAGACAUGGAGAAAUUAUUGAAUGUAUAUUGGUAUCCAAAGAACCAUUUAUGUCACAAAAUGAAGCCCUCGAUUAUGACAGACUCAAUGCCUUUGCCUUUGUCAAAUAUGCCGACGAGCUUUCAGCUGCUAGAGCUAUUGAAGAAGAAAAUCACACUAUCUUUCUUGACCGCACAAUUCAUGUCCAAUAUCGUGAAUUCAACCAUAUUAAGAAUCGGGGACGUCGAAGUUUGGGUCCAAGUCUGGAAUUGGCUCCUCCUCCUGUCAAUCUGCCCUCGCGGUUCACCACAAUUAGUGUCAUGACUCCUUGGCUCAACCCAGCGCUUGCUUUCAACCGGUUUAGUGUUGCACCUUUCCCACCACCUGGUUAUAUGGGACCUCGGGAAUAUCGUGAACCUCCUUCUUUUGGACCCAAAGGACGCUUCAUAAAUGAUCCUCCUACAAGAUUCCACAGCAGGCCUGACAUGCGUGGCCCACCUAUGAGAGGUCGAGGAGGUGGCCCUGGUGGCUCUGGUUUUCCUAGAGGGGGAAGUCCUGGAGGACGUGGCGGAUUUGGCGGCCCUCCAAGAGGGGGUCGUGGUGGUGCUGGUCCUGGACCCAGACCCAGAGGGGGGUUUGAAAACCAACCCAGCAGCCGUGGUGGAAUGAGGGAGAAUACUGCACCUCCAUUUAGAGGUGGUGGCCAUGAGGGUCGUGGAGGCUUUAGGGGUAUGGGUAGAGGUGAUGCAGGAAUGGGUACUCGUGGUGGUCGAGGUGGCCGAGGAGGACGUGGCAGACCACAGUGA